CUGACUUGACAGUGGAGGCAAAGUUACCUAGCCGACUCGCGCUGAUUCCAACAACGAACGCCAUUGACCCCUCGACUUUGCUGUUUCUCAAUGACCUCGACCUUGUCUUGCGCUGAACUCCAUCAGGCCAGAUAGCCGGGCCGGACGGCGGGCUUGGGCUUUUUUAUAUUUAUUUAUUAUUAUCGUUUGUUUUGGCUUUUUUCUUGUUUCUGUCUUCUUUCUUUUUGGUUUCUACUUUGUUUGGGGACCUUCAUAUUCAGCACUUGGGUCAAGAUACUGUGGCUCGGGCCUUAGUUAUAAUCCCUGGGAUGUCCCUCCUCGUCGAGAUUGAAACGUGCUUGAAAUAACAAGGCGCACCCACUUCUCCACUCCUGUCGUUUACCGCCGCACAAUUCUUGUUUCUUUCUUAGCUCUCAUUCUGUUAUUAUUUGUUUCUUUUCUUAUUUCUCUUUUUUUUUCUAGUUUAUUUAUUUGUUUUAUUUUUUUUUCUUUACUUUUGCUUAUUCAUUCUCCGUCUUGGUUUUUGUUUCUUGCUCUUGUGCUGUCUGGGACUUUGCGAGCCAAACAGAGCAACAAGGAAUAGGGUUUUUUUUUUGCUUCUUUAUUCACCCUUUCGGAUUGGAGCAGCAUCCGGAGGAGUAGCAGCAAAUCAACGAAACCGUAAGGCUCGUCUCAAAACAAGGCCAAAAGGGGAGCCGUCUCCGAAAAUAUCAGUCACUCGGUCAGGUUCAUUCGGCCGGGACAUUUUGAUUGAUCGAUCUUUGCUCCCGCACAACCAACCAACCUCCCAGUCUGGGGUUGUCCCUGGGGAGCUGGAUUCAAAGAAAAUCAGGAAGAAAAAAGAAGAAUAAGGAAACAAACACACCAUCGGCCGGACGAUACCACCGCCCUCAAACCUCCAUACAACCUCAACCUCAACCGUCUCUAUCCGUGCGAAAGAGUUCGAUUUCUGUACCGGUUGUCGCUUCUGGUUUUCUGCUUGUGUGUGCACCGCCGGCAAAAGUCGAAACAGGGUUCCUGCCAGGAAUCAGGAACGUAUGCCUGUGAGCCUAUGAUGAAUGGCACUGCAUUUACACACCUGGGUACCUAUCUAGCACUACGCCUUCAAGUCGCCCUGAACUAGGUGGGCAAUGGUUGGUCCAACGGGAGACUUUUCACACCCCGCCUGUUUUCAUCGCAUCUACCUCGAAGAACCCGAGCUGGCCGCCACCACCAGCUCUGCCGGACUGAAAAAAGCCAGCGCAUCACGGCUACCAGUCCGUCCAUGACCUCCCAACGCCGCCAAGCACAUCUCGACCCUCGCCUCCCUUGGUAUAUCAAGAAGAUCGUCUGCCGCGGCUCACCUCGAUACACCAACCCUCUAGCCCCUCCCGUCAGCCCAUGUCGGGACAUCAUCGUGGCUUGCCUCCUCCGGCGGCCAUGACGCUUGCCCAGCCGCCACCUACACAGAGUACUGUUGCACCUCAACCUCCGCCGCCGGCCGGCCCCCAGCUUGGCCAGCCUACCGCUCUUCAGCCCCAACCACACUCGCAGACUCAGCCGUUGGGGCAACUGCCUGCUCCUCCACAAUGGCAGCAAGGCCCGGACGAGUCCAUGAGAGCCUGGCUGCAGGCCAAGACAGAGGAGGAGAAAACAAAGCAGGAAGAGGAGAGAACGCGCCAGGAAACCCUACGGUUAGAGCAAAGGAGGACGGAACAUGAGAUCCUGAGGACUUCUCUGCAAGGAGGAAUUCCUCCUCCAAUGGUUCCAGUAGUAUUUGCAGGGAUGGGCGGCAGCACAUUGCCCCAAGCCGCUCUCGAAUGGGCCCAACAGUACAUGUACUCCCAAAUGCAGGGGCAGGCACAACCACACCAGCCUCAACUGCUAUCAUCCACAUCUGGUCCUGUCUCACCAGAGCACAGACGAGACUCACAGCCACAAGCCUUCGUCGUCUAUCAACCCCAGACAGGCGUACCCCCGACCCCAGGCUCAGCACCAGGGUUCCAAAGCGCAUACUCGGGCCAAGCACCAGGGUCGCCGCACAGGCCACGACACUAUAGCCUACCAGGAGGUCGUGCGCCAGCAUCAGGCAGUGGAGGCCUGCCCAACAUCAACACAAGUAUCCAAGGGGGUUCCAGCGCACCUCACAGCUCCCUCCCCAGCGGAGCGGCGGUUCAGUCUCAAGCCCAGGCGGGUCAUUCUCAGGCCUCUCCAGCUGUUACAUUUCAUCACUGGGAACCACCAACAAGCCACGCAUCUGGUAGCGGCUCCAAACAGCCUGCGACGCCCUCCGAAAGAUUUUCAUUAGUAGGAGAAUCGCCACGGAAGCGAAAAGCAACCGGGCCUCAGCCAGCCGCACCGCCGCCUGGCACGCAACCAAGAAUCCCAUCGCCGCCAUCGUUUCAACACGGCCCGCCAAGUUCGAGUUUGGCGAAUCCACCUCCAGGCCGACGCCGAGGCCCAGGGCAUGUCAGACAAAGAAGUGACAUAUCUCUGUACAGACGAGUCGGAAACGGGGGCGGGAGACAAGACCAGCUAGGGGGCGGUUACCGCUCCAAUUCGCCUGCUUACUCUUCAGCGCCCGCCACGGCGAGGGAAGUUAGUUUACCCGGUGACUUGUCACGACAGCAGCAGCAACACCAGCAUCAAUACCAUCAAGAGCAACAGCAACAGCAAGCGCCCUCGCAACCUCGCAACGCGCCUCACUCGGUCUCAUCUUUACUUUCAGAAGAGCCUUCGCCGAGAAACGUACAAUACCACCAAUCUUCCGCUCCAGAAAUAGAGAGGAGUUCGCCAACUGCAGAUUAUCCUGGAUCCAUGCGACAACGAGAAAACGAAUGAAUGUGAAAACUUCUUGUGCACAACCAUCAAGACGAAGACGUGGAUCUUGUCUUGAAGCUUCCCCGAGCAACUGGCCUGAAAGACGCGAAGCCGAGAAAGACCUUGGAAAGGAGAAAGUCAGGAGGGCAUCACAAAUUGCUAAUUCGAGCAGGCAGUUGCACAUGUGGACCAGCCACGCCAGUUCUUAUAGUCCUCGACAUACCACAAUGCGGUAUCUGGAGCUUUUCUUCUUCUUUUUCUUUGAUGAUUCGUCAGGUUUGCGGCGGACAGUGCAAGUCCAUACGCCUUGUUUUUUUCUUGGCUUCCGCCUUAGACGAUCAAGACGGCGGCUACAUGAUGCUAGCUUUGGCCAAAGUCAGACGGGGAAAACAAAGAAAGAAAAGUACGAUCUCACAAGCAGGAAUCUCUCGAGAAACCUAGAUUAAAACUGUAACAUCACCUGUCUCAAAAUAACUGCAUCUAAUCAUAUUCAUAUAUGUAAAAUAUCUUGUUUUUCAUGCUCAAGAUCGUCAUCACGACAGACAGAUAACGGCCAACAAGAUCCAAUGUUUCUUUUU